CAAAAAAAAUUGGACACAGGAAAACAAUCGAAAAAGUUCGUAAUUAAUCAACACUUUGAUUGAUUUUGAUUAAAAGCGAGUGAUAACAUUCACGGUCGACAAUGUCCACGGCGAACCGUUCGAUCGUGCCAACAGAAAUUUAAUUAAAUUAUUUUUUCGCGCUUCCACGUUCUCCUAUAGAAAGGGGAAGAGGGGGGCUCCCGUCUGUGUUCGUGUGCAUAUCAUAUACUUCAAGUGCAUGUGACGACAGAAGUACUCUACGGAAAUACAAAAACAAUGGCAGUUUGCAGUUGAACGUCACGCGAACAGAAAAAAAAAAUCAACAAGAAAUAUAACAAAAGCAAUAAUAACAAAACACAGUGAAUUGAAAAUGCUUCCAGAAUAUGAAUAAAGUGAUCGAACAAAACCGCAGAAGAGUGAUAGAGAGAUUGUUUCGCUGCUAGUUGCCGUCGCUUCUUCGACCAGUCAGUCACAGCCGCAGAGCUAGUAAAGUUGCUGUUUGACCGAUAUCAUCCUCCGUCACAUGAGUGAACAAGUGUGCAAUGUGUACAUAUAGUGCUGCUGCUGCUGCGGCUGAAACCUGAUCAUAGCAAGCUAUUUUCGCAGUCGUCACCCUCGCUGGACCUACUUGGAUGGUUGGUUAGUUGGUUGGAUCCCAUCUUUUUCCCGGCGAGCAGUCAGUUAACAAAAAGGAGUGUGCUAUUUGCGUGUGGAGAACAUUGAACCGCAUCGUAACGCGAAAACGGAGGAUAUGAUUUAGUGCAGUGCAACAAUUUCAACAACAACAACCAGUGACAGAAGCAGCAAAAGAAAGUGGAAUUUUUCCCAGUGUGACUUUUGAACAGAGAAAAACCAAAUCAAAGUUGGCGACGACAGUGUUACAUUUUCCAAUAGGAGUUUGUGAAGCAGCAGCCGAAGCAUCGAAGGCGGCGGUGGCAGAGCAGAACGGCGAAGCCGUGUCACAAUUUUCCUGCUUGAGUUUAUCGAUUCCGUCCCUCUGUUUUUUGGAGUGAAACCACUCGCCACCCGAAAGCAGCCACAGAGCCGCGCUUCUACAACACCGCACUCCGACGCAAAUAUGGAUUUCCAACGAAAGUUUAAAUGAUCUCAUACCAAAACUAAACAAACAAAGUCAACAAGCAAACUACUACCUCUCUCAGGGAAAACUGAACAAGAACCUGUUGAAAAGAACACACUAUUUGAAACGUGAAGCUGAAGGCUAGAAUUAAAAUCGGAACGAGCGGGCGAACAAUUCGCGUACUCCAAUGAAUUGAAUGUCGACAGCAACUGUCGCGAUCCAGCCGAUUGACAAACUGAGUCGAUAUCCGACGGUCGGGUCGUUGUCGGCACCGUGGACACCCGCCACCAUGAACGACACGCAGCAAAUGCACGCCACGGACAGCAGCCAACAGAGCAGCAAUAACGCCAGCAGCAUACACAACAACAACAAUACCAUCAACAGCAACAGUGGCAAGAAUCGGGGAAGCAGCAACAGCGAUGCCAAAAUGGAGCACCACUUUCAGCUAUUGCAGAGGGAACGUGAACUCCAGCAGCAACAACAACGGGAACGAGACCAGCAACAACAGCAGCGAGAAGUGCAACAGCAGCAGCAUCAACAGCAACAGCAACAGUCUUCGUCGUCAGCGUCGGCGACAAUGUCGCAAAGCCAGUCUCACCACCAGCAGCGAGAGCGGGAACGGGAGCGCGAGAGGGAACGCGAGCGGGACCUGCAUCAACAGCACCCGCAUCGGCCGUUUUCGCCGACACCGUCCGAGCAGCAGCAGUACGCCCUCAAGUGGAACGACUUCCAGUCGUCGAUACUGUCGUCCUUCCGGCAUCUGCGGGACGAGGAGGACUUUGUCGAUGUGACGAUUGCCUGCGAGCAGCGGUCCUUUACCGCGCACAAGGUCGUCCUGAGUGCGUGUAGUCCCUACUUUCGCAAGCUGCUGAAGGCGAAUCCCUGCGAGCAUCCGAUUGUCAUCCUGCGUGACGUGCGCUCCGAGGACAUCGAAAGUCUGCUGAGAUUUAUGUACAACGGCGAGGUGCACAUCGGACAGGAUCAAUUAAGCGAUUUCCUCAAAACGGCACAAUUGCUCCAAGUGCGGGGGUUGGCAGAUGUGACGAACCCGGGCCGAACGUCCACCGGUGGCAACGUUGGCGGUAUCGGCGCCUCGGCAGCGCUAAACUCCUCCUCGUUAUCGGCACCUGCUGUUCAGGAGCUGAAAGCAUCGCCCACUUCGUCGUCAUUACCAUGGGAACCGCCGGAGGAUGGUGCCGGAGUGCCCCCUCCCCAGAAGCGUACCAAAAGCUCCGAACUGUACCGCAAGCAGCACGGCCUCAGCCCGGACGACCCGAUCCCUCUCGAGCACUUCCCCAUCGGACAGCACCCGUUGACCCGCGAACGUUCCAAGGACAAGAGCAAGGACCUCCGGAGUAACGCCAGCAUCGCCGGCAGUGACUUCGAGGUGCGCGACCGGGACCGCAGUCUGGAGUCGCACCGCGAGUCGCUCCUCUCACAGGUACUGGAGGGCGGACCUACCCUGUCUGUGCCAUCGAAACACCCCGACCUGCAGUCACUUCAGAAUGCCAUCAGCGGUGAGGACUCGAACAGCAGCGACACGGCUGCCUCCGAUCACGGCGAUGACAUCGAGGGCAUCAACGGCAACGUCGAACACACCCGCCCGUCGUUCCCAUUCCUCGGCCUGCAGGGCAUCCCCGGUCUGAUACCCGGCCCGUCCGGUAUGCAUGGGGACAACUUCGUUUCUCGCCGUUCUUUAGAAAUGCGAGUUCGUGCCACAGAUCCCCGGCCCUGCCCAAAGUGCGGUAAGAUCUACCGCUCGGCCCACACCCUGCGCACCCACCUGGAAGACAAGCACACCGUGUGUCCCGGCUAUCGAUGCGUCCUGUGCGGAACCGUUGCCAAGUCACGCAACUCGCUGCACUCGCAUAUGUCCCGUCAGCAUCGCGGAAUCUCCACCAAGGAUCUACCGGUCCUGCCCAUGCCUAGUCCCUUCGAUCCGGAGCUUGCUUCCCGUCUGCUGGCCAAGGCCGGAGUCAAGAUUUCACCCGCCGAGUUGAGGGCACGAGCCUCGCCAACCGGCACUCGACGAAACGACGGCAGCAUGAAGCUGGAACUUCGAUCCGGAGCCGAUGGCGAUGACUUUGACGAUCCCGAAGACCUGACCAUGUCCCAGCAGAGCAGCCACAGCGAAAGCCAACGGCGCUUCCACGAGAGCAUGCUGGGCAUGUCCCCGAACCUUCCCUUCGGUGACGUUUCAGCGUUUAACCAUCCGAGCACCACGAUAACCCGCGUACGGCAGGCCGAAGGCGGCAAGCCCGGCAUGGACGGACGCGACGGCGGCAACAACGGAAACGGCUCCGGAAUGUCCAUGGCGGAUCGGCAUGGCGGCGGAGGGGGUGGCAACAGUAGUGGCAUGAACCAAAUGCAACCGAACACACCGACGGGAUCGGCCAUCUUGGACACGUACCUGCAAUUCAUUACGGAGAGCGCUUUCGGCAUGGGAGGAAUGACCCAGGAACAGGCAGCGGCAGCCAUCCAAGCCGCCAAAUAUGCCCAACUGAAGGCCAUGGGACACAACCUGGAUCAGCUACCACCAGGAUUCCUCCCGCCACAGCUAGACAUCGCCAAGCUCACCGGAAACAGCCAAGGUUCGGACCACCCGCUAAGUAAACUGCAAUCCUCGCCGAACGUUACGAUCGAACCGGCUUCCAACCGCGACGACCGACACCUCCAGCUCAGUGCCCAGCAGAAGCUACUCUCCCUGGCGGCCGGCAACGGAAACCACAACCUGAACAACAACUCGAUACUGAACAGCGAUUCGAUCCGUCGCGGCGACUCCUCGGAACCGAUGGAUCUGGGCUUGGACGGACCUCAGCAUCACGUUAAUGACGAUGGCAACAGCUCCGGAGACGAACGGAAUUACUCCGACGACGAAGGAGUCGGUACUAACUAAAGCUUAGUAUACAAGAAACGUCGUAUACGCUUCCAACGAUAUACGAUAUUACAACCCUCUAGCAGAAUUGAGAUCUGAUAUCGACCGCGCCAUUCAGUGAGGCGUCGAACAUCAGCUGUAUCUACAAGUAUAUUUACUCCUACCAUAAGGACUUAAUUUUUCUGUCUUCUGACACCGGAAACGAACAAAUUUCAUGGAAGAAUGAGUAAAUUCUCUGUGCCAUCCUUAAUUAAGUGAGUAUGAUAAUUGUGCUCUCGAAUGAAUCGACACUGUAAAAAGUCCAUCCAAGCGAACGGCAGACGCAGAGAGCAAGAAUGCAACAAACAGCUCGUGAAUGUUAUAAAUACCUCAGGUUAUUUUUUUCGUUUUAAGUUCCAAUUACUAGGAAUACGUAGUGUUAAAAGGGCAAAGCAAGUGUUAGAGCAUUUAACUGCAAUCCGUAACUUGAAAUACCUCAUAUUGAAGAAUGAAAACGUUUAAUUUAAAACUCCUUUUAAUGACAGAAAAGUUCUUUCACAUUGUACUACUUAGUAAUGUUAAAAUACCAUUUUACAAACAAACCAACAGUUGAGACACAAUCCGUCAGUCUACCUCACCAGAUAGUUAGUGAAAAUGACAAUUUUUAUCAGAAACAUUCUUAUACAAUUAAAGAAAGGGAUUUCAUCCCCAAUCGCCCAGUUCUAUCCAACUUAUCACGUUAGAAAAGAAUGAAACGUAUACUAAUCUCCUGAGCAGAGACUUAAACCCUCUGUAUACGCGAACACUAUCCCGCUAUAUCUUUCCUAUUCGUAGAGUUUAAUUCAAGCACAAUGUAGUAAGCUAAAUUUGAGAACUCUCAUGGCACAAAAAUACGAAAUUUUAUCAGAACAACUCCGUUAUACGACUUGACUUUAGAAUCAAUGUAUACUGAGAAACAUAAAUUUCUGUUUUCAUAUCUUCGUUUCGAAUCAGUGCUAUACGAACCUAUAUCAACAAUUCUUAAAGAGAACACGUCAGUAUACGCAAAAAGCAAAAGAACUUGUAUACCAACACCGACAAGUCUAUACGAUUUAUCACCGAGCAAGCAAAACACGAAAAAUACGAUCCAACUGAAACCGAUACGAUAUCAAACAAGUAUACUUGAGAAGAGAACACCCACACACACAUGUGAGCCACCAUUUUCUUCGUUUUGUUUUAUUCUCGAACGUGCUUCCAAAAGCUCCGGAUAUCGCGUGGUGAAUCUCAACGUGGUUGUUUUUACUGUUGCUAGAAAUACUCAUUACCAAUAAACUACCUCCUAUUUAUACUAUAAUAGUCAUGUGUUACAUAAAAACACUCCUCUCCAAGGAACCUCUCAGGGCGAACAAAGACACACUACCAUUUUUACCAGAACAACACCAACACUCACAGCUACAUAUAUUUAUACAAUGGCUGCAACGCACACAUACAUACAACAUUACACAGUCAUACUCCACAGCAAUAUUACUGGUUAUUUAAGUAAGUGAUUAACGUCUGUUAUCCAUACAAAAUGUUUUGUUUUUCUCCAAGACACACACAUACUAGUGCAACAAAAAACGGGUAAUUAUAUUAUGUUUCUUUUUUUUACUAAUGUUAAACUACUGUCCUUGUUCAACGAAGAACACGUUUUAGUUGUAGUUCAGACCACCAUUCAACCAACCGAAACACUAUUUGAGAGACGGUCUUGGCGCAUCUGCGGUACAAAUGAUGCGCACCUUGUUUAUAAACGCGUGGUUCCGAUUUGAGUUGGAAAGGUGAACAUUAUCACGUGGAUCGAUGGAAGUAACCUGAUUAUUUUGGAUAACAUCCACUUCUCUACAAGAACACGUGUUUUAGAUCACGAAUAAACCUUCUACUUCCGUUAGGAAUUUAAAACAACCAGAAAUGGCUGCGUACUUCCUCUGAAAGUUUGACAAUUCGAACGAGGGGUGAUGCAUACGCAAAGUCUGACAUCUGAAAAGCGUUCCACGAGAAAAUUGAUCCUAACUCCAAAUCAAAUCCGGAGCCAAAACUGUACAAAUUUCACACGGACUCGGCGCCAAAACGCCAACCCGAACAAGUAUUUAGAAUUAAGAAGAAGAAGAAGCAAUAGCGCGCGUAACUAGAAUCCAAAAUAAUGAUCUUCAACGCAGUAUUGAAUAUCAACAGUUUGAAAUCUUCCGAAUCUCCAUCCAUUUUUUUGGAUUACGCCAAAUGGAUUUGUGACAUUUGUGAAAUGUACUUAAAAAUCACAACCGCACUUCCUGUACAGCUGGCUUCCGGUUAAUUGCUUCCGAUUGAAAAACUUAUCUCUUAAAAGCACUGUAAAUAGUUGAAGCAAAUCAAUACCUCUAAUCGUUAGACAAGUAGCUGCAGUGUAAGGAAAACUCUGAAAAUAAACGUUAUUGGCUAAGAUGAAACUCUUGUAAUAGACAGCAAACAAAAAAAUACCUAUGUAGUGUUACUUAUUCGAUAGAUGUUUCCCUUAACACGGAAUCAAGGUUUUCCGAGCAACCUUGAACAAAAAAAAAUAGCUAAAUUUUCAAUUGUAAGCACAAUUCGCGCGCGCAACGGCGUCACCAUUGGUGACAUGUGUGCAUUCUAUUAUUUAAAGAACCCGUGUGCUCUAUUGGUUAAAGUUUUCAGUUUGGAACGGAUCAAAUCAAAAUUUAUGAAGUGGGAGAAAAUAAGAAAAAUUCAAUGAAUUUUUUAUUACGUUAUGUUAUUAUUACACGUUGUACUUACGUCAAGGUUUUGCCUUGAAGUUUUCUUUUCCGGCGCAAAUAUUUAUGUUCGAAUCUAUAACGCUAUUCAAUAUGCUGCGAUUGGUGUGAAAAACUAAGAAACAAAAACCUGAACUUUAAAAGGAAAAACUUUAGAAUAUGUAGAAUAAAUCAGUAGCGUCGCUAAGGGAAACGCAAGUUGUUGAAUAUGAAUUGCUAAAACUAUUUGCAAAAUAUUUUAUUGAAUGUGUGAUAGACUUACUCUAAAACGUGCGAGUUCAAACAAAUGCAGAUCGCAGGGGAAUGGAACAUUUAAAACAAAAAAAACUCUAUUUGAAGCUGUAUUUAGGAAGUAGUAGCUAAACAAAAUGAAUGUGAAAGCGCAAAAAUAUGAAUCUAUAUUUAAAU